CUCGACAUAACUGCUGUCGUAAACAUGCACAGAGAGGAAAUGAUGCGUGCACUGAAGCUCCGCCCACUCUCCGUCAGACAGACAAACCGAAAGCAGUUUUCCUUUCUUGCUUCUGACUGAAGUCAAACUCCAAGAAAACAGCUGAAAGAUUCACUUCAACGGCAUAAACUGGAGACGGGGACGCGGGGAACUUUGAAAUACUGGAUUUGAACUCCUUCAACCUGAAAAGCUACAACCUGGGAGAGAUCAGCUCAAAGUGAAAGUAACUCUCCGCCUUCCCUACAGAGGAACCUGCUUUGUGUUCAGCAGCAGAGACAACAUGUCCUCCAGGCCUGAGGAGGAUCUGUCCUGCUCCAUCUGCCAGGACAUCUUUAAGGACCCGGUGGUUCUGACCUGCAGCCACAGCUUCUGCAGAGCCUGCCUGCAGACCUGGUGGAGGGGGAAGAUAACGCAGGAGUGUCCCUACUGCAAGAGGAAGUCGUCCCGCAGCGACCCGCCUCGCAACCUGUCCUUAAGAAACCUGUGUGAGGCCUUCAUGGCCGCCGCUGCCGCGUCGGAGCAUCUCUGCACUCUGCACUCUGAGAAGCUCAAGAUCUUCUGCCUGGACCACCAGGAGCCGGUGUGCGUCAUCUGCCGGGACUCCAGGAUCCACAGUGGGCACCGGUUCCGGCCCGUGGAUGAGGCAGCGCAGGAGCACCGGGAGGAGCUGCAGAAGAUCCUGAAGCCUCUGCAGGACAAGCUGGCCGCCCUGCAGGACGCCAGAGCGGAGGGCGACCAAACCCUGAAGUUCAUCAGGCUGCAGAGCCAGCAGACCGAGAAGCAGAUCAGGGAGCAGUUUCAGAAGCUGCACCAGUUCCUGCAGCAGGAAGAGAGGGCAAAGGUCGCCGCUCUGCAGGAGGAAGAGGCGAGGAAGAGUGGGGUGAUGAAGGAGAAGGUGGCGGCUCUGAGCAGAGAGAUCGCGGCUUUGUCGGCCACCAUCACAGCUGCGCAGGCGGAGCUGAAAGCCACAGACGUCUCCUUCCUGAAGAACUACCAGGAAACGGUGAGGAGGGUCCAGCAGCGCCCCCUUCAGGAUGACCCGCAGCCCGUCCCCGGAGCGCUGAUAGACGUGGUCCAACACCUGGGCAACCUGGCCUUCAACAUCUGGAACAGCAUGAAGCGGGUCGUAUUCUACAACCCCGUGGUUCUGGACCCGAACACGGCGGACCCGGAACUCGUCCUGUCCAGCGACCUGAGCAGCGUCCGGUCCGGAGAACGGAAGCAGCUGCCCAGGAACCCGGAGAGGACCCACUUCUCCUGCUCCGUCCUCGGCUCGCGGGGCCUCGCCUCGGGGACGCACGGCUGGAGCGUGGACGUCGGGGAGAACCGGGACUGGGAGCUGGGCGUGCUGGGGGACGCCGUCCAGCCGGGCGGAGCCCCGGCGGCGCAGCUGUGGAGGAUCUCCUUCUGCCACGGGAAGCUCACCGCGUUCUCCGGAUCAGAACCAGAGACGGAGCUGCCGCUGAAGGCGCCAGUGAGGAAAAUCGGCGUCCAUCUGGACGUGGACAGGGGGAGGCUGUCCUUCUGCGACCGCGGCACCAACACCAACAUACACACCUUCACACACAGCUUCAGCGCCACGCUGUUCCCCUACAUUUACACCGAGGACCCGGUGCCGGUCCGGCUCCUCCCGGCCAGCGUCUCGGUGAGCGUCAACAAAAACGCCUGAGAAGAUCCACAGCGUGACGUUCGACAGAAGGUUUAUGUCAGCGUUCACACACACUUUACCAUCUCUGAGCCGAAGCUCCCUCAUUCUACUGCAGACAGUUUGUCCAGUUUUGAGUUUCGGUAGGGGUGACCCGAUUUAUCGGCGCCAAUUUCCUUCAUUUUAGGAGAUCGGCCGACACUUUCAUGUGAAGUCAAUCUUAUUCACCAACCUUUUCUACCUCAGCAAAGAUCUGAACAUCAUCCUGUGUCCUCUUCUGCUCUGCAGUGAGAGGUUUUCAGGUCUGCAUGUUUAAAGUUAUCAAUAGUGUUUUAAUAAACAAACAAUGGAGAAAAUAAUCAAACUAACAAUCCUGAAAAUAAGGACAGUUUUGGUUUUUUUAAGCAUCAUUAACUGGAAGUUGGUGACAAAGAUAAGUCAAAAUUCAUAUAAGAAAUUUAUCACGAUAAAUGAUGUGCUUUAAUCUUAUUUUAAUGAAUGUGAAUGAAUAUUGGGGUUUUCGGUGAAUAGUUUUAUUUAGUUUCAGUUUCACUUUGAGGUGUAAUUUUAGCUAAAAAGCUAAAUAUUGAAGUUACUUGUUUAGAUUUUAAAAAUGAAGAAAUAAUGUCUGAGUCAAAAUUAUUAUCUGUUGAGUUUGAUGAUCAUUUUCUCUGAUUAAUGUGAAAUUUUGUUACUGGGAUAAAAAUUUUGGGAAUCUUCUGUUUUGGGAGGCGGUGAAAAAUGACAAACCUAUUUAUUCAUUUAUGGAAACAAAAUAACUGAUUUCUAAUAAUUUGCUAUAAAAUGAAAUGUUUUUAUAAAAGGUGACGAAAUCAUUUAAAAAUUGUUUUAUUUUUUAACAUAUUUCCAUU